CAUAUACGCUAUGUAGGACAAAGGUCUCGUUUAUGUCUGUGUAGACGGCUGGUGCAGUAGCGACACUUAACAAUGCUCUUAAAUAAGGUGCUCAAAGCCGGUGUGCGGUCUGGGAUCCGGCUGCAGAGAUCCAGUUCUGCUGCUGCCGGCGCUGAAUCGUGUCACUCAGGCCCACCAGCACCCACUGGCUACUCAUUUGAGCUGACUGAUGAGCAAAAGGAGUUCCAACAGCUGGCGAGGAAGUUUGCUCGUGAAGAGAUCGUCCCUGUUGCAGCUGCUUAUGACAGAAGUGGUGAAUAUCCUAUGCCCAUCAUCAAGAAAGCAUGGGAGCUUGGUCUGAUGAACGGUCACAUUCCUCAGGACUAUGGUGGAAUGGGCUUGUCAAUCUUUGAUAACUGCCUCGUCACAGAAGAGUUGGCUUAUGGCUGCACCGGAGUCCAGACUGCCAUUGAGGCCAACUCUCUGGGACAAAUGCCUGUUAUUUUAGCUGGCAGUGAGGCACAGAAGGCUAAAUACCUGGGCAGGAUGACUGAGGAGCCUCUUAUGUGUGCCUACUGCGUGACGGAGCCGGGGGCGGGCUCUGAUGUGGCCGGCCUCAAGACCCGAGCUGUGAAGAUGGGCGACGAGUAUGUUGUUAACGGGCAGAAGAUGUGGAUCACCAAUGGCGGGAAAGCUAACUGGUACUUCCUCCUGGCUCGCACUAACGCAGAUCCUAAAUGUUCAACCGGCAAGGCUUUUACUGGCUUCAUUGUGGAUGCCGACACUCCAGGAAUUCUAAUAGGAAGAAAGGAGAUGAACAUGGGCCAGAGGUGCUCUGAUACCAGAGGCAUCACCUUUGAGGAUGUGAGGAUACCGAAGGAAAACGUCCUGAUUGGAGAGGGAUCUGGCUUCAAGAUUGCCAUGGGUGCUUUUGACAACACCAGGCCACCGGUGGCAGCAGGAGCAACAGGCCUGGCACAGAGGGCCCUUGAAGAAGCUACCAAUUACGCACUACAGAGGAAGACCUUUGGCGUAGCUAUUGCUGAGCACCAGGCCGUGGCCUUCCUCCUGGCUGAGAUGGCCAUGAAGGUGGAGCUGGCCAGGAUGGCGUACCAGCGCUCAGCCUGGGAAGUGGACCAGGGCCGCAAAAACACCUAUUACGCCUCCAUCGCCAAAGCAUUCGCUGGAGACAUCGCCAAUCAGGUGGCCUCUGAUGCCGUUCAGGUAUUCGGAGGCAACGGCUUCAACAGCGAAUACCCGGUGGAGAAGCUGAUGAGAGACGCCAAGAUCUACCAGAUCUACGAGGGCACAGCUCAAAUCCAAAGACUCAUUAUUGCCCGAGAGCACCUGGGAAGAUACAAGAAAUGAACACCUGACUCGUCCUCAUUCAAAUGUACAUUGUUUUAACUUUAACUCUGCUUACAUAGAUGUAAAAUAUUGUUUGGUUAGAAAUAGUAAAGAAUAUUCUAUUUCUAUGAUUGUUUGCCUUAUCAGCAUUCAGACUUGCUGUUUUCGAUCUGAUGCAGACCCUGAAUUGGUCGACGGAUUUCUAAUCGGAACAUCAACCAGACCUAUCGCAUCUAGAAAAAGGGUUUUCUGAAUGCCGCUCAGAACGGUGGCCUUAUUUAAUGACUUGUUGAGUUGAGGAUCACCACAUUCAGGCAAAAGAUCACAUGACUGUGUCCUGUCAGGCUGCACCAUCUGCAGAUUGUAAAUAUUUGCUGCCAGGCACAAACAUGGACAUUAAUCUGUUAAAUUGUUGAUAUGUGAUACAACAGUUUGGUGUCUGUUUGAUGGGGAAAUUGAUAAUCAUAAACUAAGCAGAACCAAUUAAAUCUACGUCUGUACAGAUCUAUUUCCCACCAGAAUGUGUUAGAAACAGAGCAAUGUGUGUAAUGAUUUGUUGAACAACUGUAAAAAUGCAUGUUUUGUGUCUGAUUUAGAAAAUAAAGACCUUAACAACA